AUGCAGGCUACUGUGAGACUCGUGCUGCUCGCAGCACUUGCCUGCUGCACCAGUGCAGCUCGCAUCUCAAUCUCCCGUGGUAAAAAUGUAACGAAAAUUGAGGAUCUUUGCGCUAGAAUGCACAAUAACACAGCUCUCGAAGGAGAAUCGCCAUUGUUGAUGUUGCAAGCAACCGCAUCCGAGUGCCAGAAGAAAUGUGUCGACAUGUUCCCGGAAUGCUCGGCAGUGGUAUACUACUAUUUGCAUAAUGAAACCGAGAAACAUUAUUGCUAUUUGUUCGAAAAAAACUCGGUUCACGAGAAGGUUGAACUGGUUGAGCAGAAGCCGGAACACAAUAAAGAUAGAGUGAAGAUGCUCGAGCUUGUUCUUAACUGCCAUGAAUUCGAUGCUCAUCCUCCACUCGAAGAAGAUGGGCUCGCUUCGUCUACUGACAAAGUUGACAGGAAAAAGAGACAGCAGAGUGAUGCUGCUGUUAUGGGAGUUGGAGAUUGGACUGACUGGUCACAAUGCUCCGCCGCCGGACACGAAGUGAGAUCUCAAGUUUGUGAAUAUGGUCGCAAGAUUCAACGCAGAGGUUGCCCAGCGCGACAAGCUCCGCAGAGAAUUCCAGCACCACCAGCGCCACAGUUCCCAGCGCCGCAAUAUCCAAAUCAUGCUUUGCAACAACAACAGCAACAACAUCAGCAAAGAGAACUUCAAAGGCAACAGCUUCAAUCGGGCCCCGUCCCACCACCAGUUCAGCCACAACAACAGCAGCCACAACUCGAGAGAUCUCCGCUUGAUCAGCAUGCUCAACUUUACCAGCAGAGAAUGGCUCAAUACAGAGAGAAUUACAACCAACGCCAUCCAGCUCGCCCCAAAGCUGACCCAUGUCCAGGAGGUGUUUGCGCUCCACCACCGCAACGUCCGACUCCACCACCAGUCCUCGCCCCAGUGAUUAACACCGCCACUCAACCGCCAAUUCCGCAGCCAUACCCAACUAGAUAUCGCCCUGCUCCGCCACCACCACCAGCGUGUGACGGCCAAGGAUGUGUUGCCCCACCACUUGUUCCAGGAAAUUGGCAUGACUGGUCCGAAUGGUCUUCCUGCUCAUGCACUUGUGGAGAUGGAGCUAAAUCGAGACGACGUGAAUGCGCUACUAACAACUGUCAAGGACCGGAAUAUGAAACGGAACCAUGCAAUCUUGGACCAUGUCAGACAUGGUCGGAAUGGUGCGAGUGGUCAACGUGCUCGGCUAGCUGCGGAGCCGGAGAACGUCAGAGAACUCGCUUCUGUCAUCUUGGAACUAAUCGUUGCGAAGGAAAAGACUUUGAAGCUGAGAGAUGUUCAUCAGGACCAUGCCCUGAAUGGUCAGAGUGGGAAGAUUGGGGACAAUGCUCCGUCACUUGCGGAACAGGAGUCUCAGUCAGACAGCGCACAUGCCUCGGUGGUGUCUUCGGCGAUCAUUUGUGUCCAGGACCAAAGACUGAACAACGCGUUUGUGAACCUGGACCAUGCUCUCUUUGGUCGCCAUGGCAGGAAUGGUCUGCUUGUUCGGCUAGCUGUGGAAAUGGAAUGAAGAGACGCCAACGUGUAUGCCAAUAUGGAACUGAUUGCACAGGACCAAAUGAGGAAAGCUUGUUCUGCUACGGGCCACCAUGCGCUCAAUGGACUGAAUGGUGCGAAUGGUCUGGUUGCAGCUCGAAGUGUGGGCCAGGACAGCGUACAAGAACCCGUGGAUGCUUGACCCCUGACGGAAAUGAAGCUACCACCUGCUCAGGAUCAAGCAUUGAAACCACAAUUUGCGAAGGAAACAAUUGCUGCAAUUGGUCAGAAUGGUGCCAUUGGUCAAUGUGUGAUAAAGAAUGCGGUGGAGGACAAUCGAUCCGUACAAGAACCUGUUUGAACAGCGCUGGAAGCCCGGAUAGCGCGUGCCACUGCGAUGGAAGCGAUAGAGAAGAGAAGCAAUGUAACACUCAAAGCUGCGCUCCGCAAUGUGCCUGGACUCAAUGGUGCGAAUGGAGUGCUUGUUCGACGCAAUUGGAAUGCGAAGUUGGAAUUCAAUCGAGAAAUCGUCAAUGUGUCGGUGAAGCUGGAUGCCACUGCGUCGGACUUGCCGACGAAACUCAACAAUGCCGCGGAACUACACCAUGCGCAACCAAAGCCCCAUGUUAA